AGUAAUGGUACCGUGACAAUGGAGCUCUCUUCGGACAAGCGUGUAAGGCUGUUUGUUAGGCGAUGUGAGGCUCAGAAAACCCCACCUCGGACUACCAGUUCAUCUCUGGAAAACCCACGGAUAAUCCAGGCCAGCUUGGGACAUUCUUCACUUCCCUUCGCUUCCCCUCUGGGAGCCCCUUUCACCGCACCCCCGCACCUUGCUUCGGGCGAUGCCCCAGAGCGAGCUGUGGCCGGCGGGGCCUGGCUCAGAACCCGUGACCCGCAUCGGCAGCUGUGACAGCAUCAUGAGCACCACGUCCACCCGCUCUGGAUCUAGUGACAGCAGCUACGACUUCCUGUCCGCUGAAGAGAAAGAGUGUCUGCUCUUCCUGGAGGAGACCAUCGGCUCACUGGACACUGAGGCUGACAGCGGACUGUCUACUGACGAGUCUGAGCAAGACACAGCUCCCCAAGGCCCCCGAGCUCUGCCCAUAACCCAGGCUGCUCCCCAGGGAUAUCCAGGGGAGAAGAUCAUUCAGCAAGAACCAGAGCCAAGGAGAGGGACUCAGCCCAGCUCAGCCCAUCUUCCUGAGCUCCAAGACCUGGGCCUCAGGUCUGGGUCCUAUAGCCUUCCCAGAAAUAUCCACAUCAGCAUCAACCAGAACCUCAGGAAAAGCACCACUCAGACUCAUAGCCACAGCCCGGGGGAAGUGGAAGGCCUUGUCCCGGAGCCUGAGACAGAGCAGGUCAGCCAAAGCAGUGAGCCCAGCCAGGCUCUGGCCAGCCCCCAGCCACCUGCCCCAGCCCUGGACACAGUGCCCAUCCCUCCACCAGAGGCUUUUCGGGACACCCAGCCCGAGCCGCAGGAGCGAGGCCGCCUGCCCACUGAGCCCAGGCAGCAGACCCACACGUCAGUCAGCCCCCAGGAGAGCAAGGAGACUUCCUCAGAGGCCAUGUCCCAAAAAGCCAAUGAGGAAGGCUCAACAGGCGGCCCAGGACAGUCUAGGCCGCCUUCAGCCACCUCCACCUCGUCUCAGAAUAUGAGAGCUGAAGAUGCCCCCGUCCCACCAGUGGGGGACCCCGGUGCCCACCUGGCCCCCCUCACAGCCUCUAAGCCCCGGAAACUGCCCCCCAAUAUCGUUCUGAAAAGCAGUCGCAGCAGUUUCCACAGCGAGCCCCAGAACUGGCUGGCCCGCCACGCCGAGGCCGGCCCUGGAGACCCUGGCCUGGGCCCGUCCUCACUGCAGGAGCAGAAGAAGGCACGCCGAGAAGCACUUGAGAAGCUGGGGCUACCCCAGGACCAGGACGAGCCCAGCCCCCACUUAAGUAAACGCACCAGCUCCACCUGGCUCCAGGCCCCCCUUCCAACUCCAGCACCAAUCCGGCCUGCGGUUCCAGCUCAGGGCAGAGCCGCCGCACCAGCUGGAGGAAAGGCUCCAGCCCCAGCUCCGCCGCGGGGAACCACCCCAGGGAAGGCUCCGAGUCCCACUCCAGCUCAGGGGUCUCCUCCAGGCAGAGGUUGGAUUCGAGCCCAGGAACCUACUCCAGGGAAGGUUCCAGCGGUCAAAUCCGUGCCAAUUCCUAUCCCUAAGGCCCCGGGGGUAAGUAAGCCCCUGACUCAGCCAAAGUCAGACUCAGGGCUGACUCUCCAGGAGAGCGACAUCCCGGGCCUGAGACAGAUGAACUUCAAGUCCAACACUCUGGAACGCUCGGGCGUGGGGCUGAGCAGCUACCUCUCGGCUGAGAAAGACCCCAGCCCCCAAACCAGCACCUCUCUGGGCAAAGGCUCCUUCUUGGACAAGAUGUCUCCUAAUGUCUUGCGUAACUCACGGCCCCGCCCUGCCUCCCUGGGCACGGGGAAGGACUUUGCAGGCAUCCAGGUGGGCAAGCUGGCCGAGCAGGAGCAGGAGCAGAGCAGCAGGCACCUGCCCUACCGAGGACAGAGCCCUGACAAGCUGCCUCGACCCCCCUACGUCAGUGUCAAGAUCUCCCCAAAAGGCGUCCCCAAUGAGCACAGAAGGGAAGCUCUGAAGAAGCUGGGUCUGUUGAAGGAGUAGCCGCCGGCCACCCCACAGCCCCUGCCUCACCCCUGCCAAACAGGAGGAGGCUCGGAGCCUUUCCCCCACAACAGCUCGGAGCUUGGGGACGAGCAGGCUUCCCUUCAGUGCGCUCCUCUCUCUGAGGCAAAGGGCAGGAGGAGAUGGGAUUCCAGACACACACGUACGUUUAUAUUCGGAGUGAUUGUGCCAAUGCUUGUGCCAAUCCUUGCCCAAACCAUCCUGAAGAUGAUUUCCACAAGACAGAGUGUGUGUGUGCACACGCGCGUGCGUGCGUUCGUGUGUGUGUGCUGUAAACUAUAUAUAUAUCACUGAAGCUAUUUAUAUGACACAAGGAGUCAUUGCUCAGAGUACUGCUUGUGUUGGAGAUCAUCUUACCCCAGGGAGAGUUCAGCCAAGCCAGAACUGAGGGGACUGGGUGGCUAAGCCUGAGAGAAAAAGGCAGAUGAGACAAUGGCUGUGCCGGCGACAUUAGGCAAAUGCAGGGUCUUAUGAAAUGUGGAUCUGCCGAAAUCCCAGUAUGGAAGGGGACUGGUUCACCUUGCAGGAUCCCUCUCUCGCUUCUGAACUUCUGGGCAGUGGCCUGGAGGAGCAGGUUUGUCACUGACUGUCCCCAGUGACCCUGUCCCCUUCACUGUCCCCUUCUUACUGUCCCCAGUCCCAAGGACAGGGCACAUCCCUGUAACUAAAACUCUCUGAGGACUGGGAGUGGGAGGGCUCUGGUUGGCCUGAGAAGGCAGGACAAGUGACCACCCGGCACGCUUCCACCAGGGACGAUCCUGGUCUGUGCACUUGACGAAUUUGGAAGCAUAAACUCAGUAGUGGUCCCUGACUCUGCCGUUCCUACCUCAGCCCAAACAGGGCUAACCCCAGGGCUGGGCCAGUGCAGAGACGGGAGUCUAAGCCCUGAAUCUUUAGAAAUACCGAAGAGCUAUCUGAGGCCUUUGUCCCUGCUACUGACUACCGCACGUAGUUUUUUUUCUGUUUCUAUGGGAAGGCAACCCAGUACAUUCUCUGUGAGUUAUUCACAGACUAUCAGAGCUGGGAAGAAUCUUAGAGAUGAGCCUCUCCUGUCCCACACUGUUGGGGAAGGCAAGGGACUUAUCUGUGGUCACUCUGCCAUGCAGUAACGGAGCGGGGUCCCCAGCUUCUCAUUCCACGCUGCGUGCCGCCUCUCACGUGGCACCCUCAGGAUCUGCGGUCGCUGUCAAAGGCUCAACCCUCAGGCCCUUCAAGAUCCUGAAGUGUCUUCUCAAACGUCAGAGAUUAAACAUUGUUCAAGACCA